UGACCCAGUGUCCAGCCAACUCUGCAGCUCGGUUCAGCCGUGCCCUUGGGGAGCGGGGGAGGGGCAGGCGAGGCUUUUCUGGGCUCCAUCAAAGAGGAACUUGUAUUUUUCUGAGAACGAUGCUCCCUGACCUUGGGGUGUGCCGGUCUCUGGCAAAGGGCGGAGCCCCUAGUUGUGUCCCAGAGUCAUCCCGCCGCAGGAUUCCGGUGUCCGCCGGGUUAGCCGGAGUGGGCCUGCUGAUAGCCUUUCUUAGCACGCUCGGCUGCUCUGCACGGGCCCCAGGUUUGAGCAUGGCAGAAGGGGACACCUUGGUAUCAGUGGAUUACGAAAUUUUUGGGAAGGUGCAAGGGGUGUUUUUCCGCAAGUACACACAGGCUGAGGGUAAAAAGCUAGGAUUGGUAGGCUGGGUCCAGAACACUGACCGGGGCACAGUACAAGGACAAUUGCAAGGUCCCAUCUCCAAGGUGCGUGGCAUGCAGGAAUGGCUUGAGACGAAAGGAAGUCCCAAAUCGCACAUUGACAGAGCAAAUUUCAACAAUGAGAAAGUCAUCUUGAAGUUGGAGUACUCCGAUUUCCAAAUUGUGAAAUAAUGGCCUGAAUUUAAAUUUUCCAAGAAAAACUCAGUUUUGAUUUUUAUUAUUAAUAUAUAACUAUUCUGUGUUCAAUAUUAGAAGUAGUUAUUUUUGUAUCAGGUAUUUGUUACUGCAUGUUACAUGUGUGAUGGAACACAAUGUUACACAAUUCUAAUAAAAACACAUUAGAACUA